ACAGUUAAAUAGGCAGGCUUAGUAUAAGAAGACGCACAUUUGCAUUUCUCUUUCAAAACGACUAGUGCAUUCGUUGUUGAAAUAUCACAAAACAAGAAGAGGGGAAGAUUAAAUCAAACAUGGAUCUUAAGAUAAUUAUACUUGUUUCAAUAUUUGGAGGAAAUUUUGCUCAUCAGAUUGACUGUGGGGAUAUUCAGAAAUCGAGAUACAGUUCAACAGGAACAUACACAAUAUUUCCAUACCAACAUGAUAAAGGAAUUCCAGUCAGAUGUGACAUGGAUACAUCUACGGGAGGAUGGACCGUGAUACAAAGGCGUAUAUCUGACUCGGACUUUUAUAGGAACUGGGAGGAAUAUAAAAAUGGCUUUGGAGAUCUAGAUAAAAAUUUCUGGCUUGGAAAUGAAAACAUCCAUCAGAUUGUAAGGCAAGGAAGAUACGAACUACGAAUAGAUCUAACAAGUUCUUCUGGUGAAACGGCUUAUGCGGAGUAUGAUGAGUUCUCUAUUGGUAACGAAGAUUCUGGGUAUAAACUUUACGUACGUGGGUAUACUGGUACAGCCGGCGACGCCCUCUCAUCGAGCGCGCAUGGAAAUGGAAUGAAGUUUUCAACAUAUGAUAGGGAUAACGAUAAGUACAUCAAAAAUUGUGCAGAACAGUACCAUGGCGCAUGGUGGUAUCAUAAAUGUCAUGUUUCAAACCUGAACGGUGACUAUGGAAACAAGGCAUACGCCACUGGGCCUGUCUGGAAACCGUGGAAAGGAUACUACGAUCCGAUGAAAAAGACUGAGAUGAAAAUUCGACGCAAGUGUGAUAACUGAACAAUUUUAAGACUGAUUCAUAUUUAAAGUAACGUAUAGUAUAACAAUAUACUAAACAUGAGCGCUGUUAUUUCGUAGAUAUCAUAGAAUGUACAUUUUACUGCAAAAAUAACAAUUUUUUAAACAAACAAUAUGAAUAGAAUAAAAUUAAUGUAAAAUUCUAACAUUGGACUUCUUUGUGCCAUGUCUUUUAAACAGAUCAGGUUAAACCUAUUAUUAACAAGUUAUUCUAAGUCUUAUUAAUAACGAUUUCGCCAUAAUAGACAUUUAUCUAUAUGUUUAAAUGAUGUUCAUAAGUACAUGUAAAUGUUUUAACUACAUGUAUAUUUAAAAAAGUUACUUUUUGUAUAAAAAUAAAAUAAAGUAUACAAAAUA